AUAUUGACAGAAACGUCCCGGCUGUUUCCGGAUUCCGCAGCAGGUUUCUCUUCCCAUUGGUCCAGCGUGUCCGAGUGCAGAGAACAACAAACAAGAUCGGGUGAAGACCGUCGGGAUGGAUGCAGCUACCUUGACAUACGACACACUUCGAUUUGUUGAGUUUGAAGAUUUUCCCGAGACCUCGGAGCCUGUGUGGAUCUUGGGCAAAGAAUACAAUGCACUCACAGAGAAAGAUGAGAUUUUAUCAGAUGUCACUUCACGGCUGUGGUUCACAUACAGAAAAAACUUCCCACCGAUUGGGGGGACCGGACCAACAUCAGACACGGGGUGGGGAUGUAUGUUACGGUGUGGCCAGAUGAUUCUGGGCGAGGCCUUGGUGUGCAGACAUUUAGGAAGAGAUUGGAGAUGGGCCAAAGGCCAGAAACAAAGAGAGGAGUACAUCAGUCUUCUCAACGCCUUCAUCGACAAAAAAGACAGCUAUUAUUCCAUCCAUCAAAUUGCUCAAAUGGGAGUUGGAGAGGGAAAGCCUAUUGGCCAGUGGUAUGGACCAAACACAGUUGCCCAGGUUCUAAAGAAGCUGGCGGUGUUUGAUACGUGGAGCAAAGUAGUUGUACACGUGGCGAUGGACAACACUGUAGUCAUCGAGGAGAUCAAGCGCCUUUGCAUGCCCUGGCUGGAUGCUGCAGGAGCCUAUGGAGAAUCGGAGGGAGUUGGGGAGCUUAAUGGAUGCCUGGAGGGAGCGUGUGCCAUGGCUGAGGAGGAGACAGCGCUCUGGAGACCUCUGGUACUGCUCAUCCCCCUCAGGCUGGGCCUGAGCGAUAUAAAUGAUGCCUACAUUGAUACCCUCAAGCAAUGCUUCAUGCUGCCUCAGUCCCUUGGUGUUAUUGGGGGAAAACCCAACAGUGCCCAUUACUUCAUUGGUUAUGUCGGAGAAGAACUCAUCUAUUUAGACCCACACACCACACAGCCUGCAGUGGAGCCGUCUGAAGACAGUCAGGUCCCCGAUGAGACGUACCACUGCCAGCACCCACCCUGUCGCAUGCACAUCUGUGAACUGGACCCAUCCAUCGCAGCGGGUUUCUUCUGCAGAACAGAGGAUGAGUUUGAUGACUGGUGUAUGCGCAUAAGAAGGCUGUCCUGCAACAGAGGGACCCUGCCUAUGUUCGAACUCGUAGACAGCCAGCCCUCUCAUAUGGUCAGCGUGGACACCCUUAACCUUACUCCUGAUUUCUCAGACUCAGACAGGUUGGAGCGAUUCUUCGAUUCAGAGGACGAGGAAUUUGAAAUCCUUUCCCUGUGACGAAAAUAACGAACAAUGAUUUGCUGUUCUCGAUGGCGGACGGAAGAUUCACCGUGUCUUCUCUGAAUCAGAAGGGAAGCCUGAGUGAAGGAACGUGAACUGGAAAACUCUUGAGCCAGUCCAGCUCCAGUGGUGUAGUCAGUGUGUGGCACACAGCCUCCGAAUGCUCCAUCAUUGAGACUGCCUGAGGGAGGGGAGGGAAGGGGUGUGGAGGGGAGCUGUAGCAGGAGCUCAGGAUAAAUUCUGUAUGCACAUCUUCACAUACACGUGUUUCCAUUUAAGUCUUAACACUUUUAAAUGUUUCUUCUGAAGUGAUAUGGUGCCUUUCCCUGACUCCAUUAGUAAAAUUGCCAUAACAGUUUUAUGUUGUGUAGAAACACGGUGCGGUCAUGAUGCCCACGGCUUACGCGGUUUGUCACUAAUAACUGACGUCUGUAACAGCCUGUAACGAAACCAAAUUUAGUCAAAUCUGAAGACAAGUUGUCUUAGUUGUAUCCUCGCCAAGUCUGAUACAUAUACACUCAUCCAUUGGAAGAUUAUUUAUUUAAUCAAAGCAGUAUAUAGGCAGGUGACAGAACAAUAGUUAUGUAAAAGAAUGAAAAAAGCAAAAAUAAAAAGAGCUGAAUUUCAAUUUGUAUAGCUCUCUUGACUUGUACAAGUGUGGGACGUAAUAUUUUACUCAAGUAAACGUGUGGGAUGAAGUUUGUGGGGUGCAGGAGAGGACUUCAGUUUUUAAGAGUUUCACUCCAGAGCUCUCCGAGCGGCAGGUUCUGUGCUUUGUUGAUGGCAUUGAGGCUGUGGGCUGUGAUGUCUUUGUGAACAUUUUCAAUAUUCUGUGCUGCAUCGAUCACCUGAGGAAGAAAAUUUCGAUAAUUAGAACAAAUCGGCGACUUUAGUCUUUUUCCAGAUAGUUUAACGUUAAUAAGAUGCAACGAAGAGACUGUGGAGGUGCUUUCACACAGGAGGCAGCAUUGGAGUGCUUGCAGACACCGCUGCCACAGUUCAGCAAAUAUAAACUUGGACUGCCCUAAAGUAGAAGGAAGACAUCCAGCAGACAGAGUGGAAAAGUUCAUAUCAGAACCACAGGAGGAAAAGACUUCCUUGGAAACGGGUUUCUAUCCAAAUAGAUGCAGCUGUGGAGUUUAACAGUGGUGAAGCUUUGCCUGUUUAGCUCUUUGCUCUGCAGCUCGCUGAUUCUAGUAGUGAGCACAGCUCGGUGCAUGAUACAUCCUGUGUGAAAGCCCCAUAAGAGAACCUCGGACUGCUUUCAUAACUUUGUAAAAAUGAAAACUAUCCAAGAAUUCACAUUCUGAAUUCUUAUUUCUAGAACAAUAAAUAACACUAGGCCCAAGAUAAAGUAAGAUAAAGCAUACUCUCAUUGUUCACAGUAUUUAUUCACUUCAGUCAUUGCAGUGCAAGUCAAGCUUUAUACUGCUCUCACCAACACCUGUCAGUGUGGAGUGGACCUGAUGAAGACAGGUGGAGUAAAAUAACCCUGGAGGUGGUAACAUGAUACAUUACUGUAUGUGAUGGCACAGACUGAUCAGGAAAAAGAAGCCAGUGCAACUAUAAAGACAUGAAGAAAAGCUGUUGGUGUCGCAGGCACGAAAUAGAGUUUAGGCGGUGCUUUGCAGCUGACAGGUGGCACCUGAUCACACAGAUAUCGGCCCGAUGCAUCCCCAUUUUAAACAUCCUGUCGGAAUAAAUCUUCCAUUCAGGCUUCCUUCAUACCUGCCAGUUUACUGUCUGAUCCUUCAUCAGCUGUUCAAACCGCUGUUGCACUGUUCUUUGGAAGACGCUCGUCUCGUAUCUCUCUUGCCCAAACUGUCCUCUGAGAGCAGCCUCGGCCGGGUUCAGCUGCAGAAACAUUACGAGGUCUGGCUUUGGCAGUCCCACAUCAGGCUGCAUGCACCAGUCCAGGCGGAAGCCCUGAAGAAGACAAAAAACCUCCAUCUGUCACGCUCAACUGCAUGUUGCAAUACCGAACUGAUGGAUGGAGUUUGAAAAGCAGAAUAAAUGCACUUACCGGCUUAGCGCUGGUGAAAGCAACUCCAGAGAAAGCAUACCUGUCUACAACCAGAGUGAUGCCUUGCUCCAGCUUCUUCUUCAUUAAAGGCCUGUGGAUUAGAAUCUGUUAGGCUGUGUAAAGACUUAAAGGAAAUGAAACAAAAAUGUCAGCACAUUUGAUACAACCAGCAGUGUUUGCUGUCGUGUUUGCCAAUCAGUCCAUUUGCACUUAAAAAACUGGAGAAGGAACCAAUGCAAAUAAAAAUUUUAAAAAAAGCGUGAAACUGAACUCACCACUAUGCACUUUUAAGGACCUGUGAUUUAUAACAUUCAUAGCAUGAAGUAAAAAAAAAAUGAACAUGGCUUAUCUAAUUGUACUAAACUUGCUGUAAAAAAAUAAAUCAGCUGAUUCUGA